AGCAACAGAUGCUGUUCAGAGAGAAUGCACGGAAGAUAGCAACAAGUAUAUUCUGUUUGCCUGCUUGAACGCAUUAUUUAAGGAAACGGAGAUCUUAAUCCUUUUUUGUGUCAGUGGAAUCCUGGAGUUCAGAAAUAUUCAUCAUAGAAAAUCUUAAUCGUUGCUACCUGAAAUCAACCUUAUCAAGGUCUUCAAAGUCUACUUGAUCUUAGUAUUUAUCUUAGCUUCAGCCUCAAAGCUUUUAUUAGUCAACUGCAACGUUUAUAGGAACUGAAGGACAAACGCACUUCAGCAUUAACUGAAUCUUUGGUUGCCAUCUUUUUACUGAAGAGUCCACUUUUAGGGACAGAAGCUACAAGUUCUUGUUCAUGUAUUUCUAAAUAUUCUUCUUCUGGCUGGAUGAAAUGUUAAGAAGGAAAAUGCUUUUUUUAAUGGUGUCCUUGCCUGACGUUCGCUGUGCCUGUCUUAUUCUGGCUAAGGGGCUUUAUACAUUUGGGUAACAGAAGACAUUUGGAAUACCCCUCCAUCUGACUUUCCAUGCUGGUGGGGCUGUUGAUAGUCAUCUCAGCACUGCAUGUUGCCAUGCUAAAAACACCCAAGGGUAAAAAUGUGUCCUGGGGUUCGGCAGACUCCUAUACCAGCCGACCAUCUGAUUCAGAUGUAUCUCUUGAAGAAGACAGAGAGGCAGUGCGGAGAGAGGCAGAGCGACAGGCCCAGACACAGCUGGAAAAGGCUAAGACAAAACCAGUUGCAUUUGCAGUCCGAACAAAUGUUAGUUACAGUGCAGCCCACGAUGAUGACGUACCAGUCCCAGGCAUGGCCAUUUCAUUCGAAGCAAAGGAUUUCCUGCAUGUUAAAGAAAAAUUUAACAAUGACUGGUGGAUAGGACGGUUGGUAAAAGAAGGUUGUGAAAUAGGAUUCAUUCCAAGUCCGGUCAAACUAGAAAAUAUGAGGUUGCAGCAUGAGCAAAAGGCUAAGCAAGGAAAAUUUUACUCCAGUAAAUCAGGAGGAAACUCAUCGUCUAGUUUGGGUGAUGUAGUACCUAGUUCCAGAAAGUCUACACCUCCUUCAUCUGCAAUAGACAUAGAUGCCACUGGUUUAGAUGCAGAAGAAAUUGAUAUUCCAGCAAACCAUCGCUCCCCCAAACCUAGUGCAAACAGUGUCACUUCACCCCACUCCAAAGAGAAAAGAAUGCCCUUCUUUAAGAAGACAGAGCACAUCCCUCCAUAUGAUGUAGUGCCUUCUAUGCGACCAGUAGUCUUAGUGGGGCCUUCCUUAAAGGGAUAUGAGGUGACAGAUAUGAUGCAAAAAGCAUUAUUUGAUUUUUUAAAACAUAGGUUUGAAGGGCGUAUAUCAAUCACACGGGUUACAGCAGACAUUUCGCUUGCCAAACGCUCAGUAUUAAACAACCCCAGCAAGCAUGCGAUAAUAGAACGAUCCAAUACAAGGUCAAGCUUAGCUGAAGUUCAGAGUGAAAUUGAAAGAAUAUUUGAACUAGCAAGGACACUACAGCUGGUAGUACUUGAUGCUGAUACUAUUAAUCAUCCAGCUCAACUUAGCAAAACCUCUCUGGCUCCUAUUAUAGUGUAUGUAAAGAUUUCUUCUCCAAAGGUUUUACAAAGAUUGAUAAAAUCUCGAGGCAAAUCUCAGGCUAAGCAUCUUAAUGUUCAAAUGGUAGCAGCUGAUAAGCUAGCUCAGUGUCCUCCAGAAAUGUUUGAUGUAAUUUUGGAUGAGAACCAGCUUGAAGAUGCCUGUGAACACCUGGCUGACUAUUUAGAAGCCUAUUGGAAGUCCACACAUCCUGCUAGUAGCCAUCCCUCUAACCAGCUUCUCACUCGCACACUGGCAACUGCCACUCUUCCCAUCAACCCAGGCCCAAAUAUUAAUUUACAGGGCUCCCAAGGAGACCAGAGGAACGAGCAACCAGCUGCUGAAAGAAAUGGUUCCCAAGAGGAAGAAGAAGUACGGGUUGAACCCACCAGGAAAUCCCAGCACCGCUCUUCAGGUCAUCACCAUAACCACCGUAGUGGAACCAGCCGUGGCCUCUCUAGGCAAGAGACUUUCGACUCAGAAACACAAGACAGCAGAGAUUCAGCAUACGUAGAGCCAAAGGAGGACUAUUCACACGAACAUUAUGAUUCUCAUAGAGAUCACAGUCACAGGGACGAGCCCCAUGGGAGCAGUGAUCACAAGCACCGAGAAUCAAGGCAUCGCUCGAAGGAAAGGGACAGAGAGCAGGACCAUAAUGAUGGCAACAAGCAGCGCAGCCGUCAUAAAUCAAGGGACCAGUAUUGUGACAGGGAUGGGGACGUGAUCUCUAAAAAACGCAACGAUACAGCAGAAUGGAAGCGAGAUGUCUACAUCCACCAGUAACAUUUGCCUCUGGCGGGUUUGUGUUUCUUUUGGAGUUGUGUAUGACAAAGUCCCUUUUUAAAAACACACAUACACAUUUGGGUUGUUCAUUGCAGAAACAUGUUGUAUCCCUAUAUGCUGAUUUUAUAAUGCUGUUGCUUUCAUGGCAAUGGCAUGAAAUAGAAUGUUAAUUUUGAUUAGCGCUAUCAACACUGGCAUAGUACAACUGCAAAAUUCCCAGUGUUGUACCAUGCUGGUGUCCCCCCUGAAAGAAAGACCUGUUUUUGUUAGCUGCCACUUGAACAAUAUCUGUUGCCAUCAAGGUGUUGUUUGUGUUUUCAGACAAAAUACAGUUGAUGUUUAAUAACUUCCCAUGUUUUUCAGCAAGCCAAAAUCAGCACAUUCAAAACUGAAGCUCUUGUUUAUUCUGAAUUUUUAAAUCUGUAGGCACCUGAUUGACGUUGAUUUAAGAGCCACUUUAUGUUGCUUGUACCUUAAUGGACUACAUUUGGGGACAGAGUUCAGUCUUGCCUUACACACAGGGGAUCAUAAAAUUCAAAAUCUCUUUUCUAUGUACUGGUACUGUGUACUGUAUGAACAGUUUAUAAAUGUUAUUUCUGCAAACACCUUCUUACAUAUGGUUGACCACACUGUUUUAGAGUCCUAAUGCCAAGUCAGCAGAUUUGCUUUUAAAUUACUGCCAACUGAAACUAGCCUCAUUCAGGAAAUUUAUUAACAGUGUUCACUCUAGACACACUUUCUUGUACUUAGUGUAAAUAGGAAUGGAUACUUUAGAUAAAAGGUUGAAUUGUUCUUGCAGAUUAUCAUUUUUGCAUUUUAAAUUAUGACAAAAACAAUGUAACACUAUAGAUGGCCCUCUGCACAGUACACACUAUUUGCAAUGGGCACGAAGACAUCUUUUCCCCUAUCAGCUUAACAGACCAACCACAUUUGAGAGUGUGUGCUUCUGUGUAAAACAAUAUAUAACUAUUGAUAUAUAGAUAUACGUAUAUAUAAAACACACACACACAUAUAUAUAUAUAUGUGACAGGGAUGAACAUUGAUAAAGGUAUCCAAGAGAUUCUAAGGGCCAAUCCAUUUGCUACCAUUUACAAAUUUAGCUGCUCAGGCAUGAGACCUAGUCACUUACGCAGUGCAGUGUCAGAGGAAGAUGCUCAGGGAAGACUACAAGGCUACUUCUGCAGGAAAAAAGCAUUGUCAUACUUAUUCUUACAUGAUCUUACAGAAGUAGCACACAAUCUUCCAUGCUUCCAAUUCAAGCAACACAACACUCAUGUAAAUAAGUGGACAACUCAUCUGAGCAGCUUUGUGUGAAUGUCAGGAUCAAACAGCACAUCACUUUGCCCUGAGUACCAAUGUUAUUUUUUUAAUUUAAAAAAUCUGGUAAGUCUCUUCCUUCUGUCUAUAAAGGUCCAAAUCGCAGACAAACAACCCGAGGAAGUUUACAGCUACAGGUAAUUGGGAAAGCAUCAAUCUGCUGGCUCUUUAUUGAGAAUCCAGGAAAGUUGAAAACAGGCAAAUGUGACUGUGAGCAUUUCACUGGAAAUGUAAAAAAAUGUGUUUUAGAGUAUUUGUUUUAGUCAGAAAAGUUUACACCGCUUGUGGAGAGUUAUUUUGUUGGAAAAUAAAUUUUUGUAGCUUC